CUUGCUCCGAGUUUUGCCGCCCGGGCCGCCUCGGGGUGCGCAGCCGGCUUGCGGGGACCCUCCUGGGGGCGGGCGCGCAGUUCAGCCCGGGGGCGCCCCCUGAACAGGUGAGCCUUCACUUCUACCAAACCUGGCACUCCGGCCCAUCACAGCCAGGAUGCCUACGAGGCGCUGGGCUCCUGGCACCCAGUGCAUCACCAAGUGUGAGCACUCGCGCCCCAAGCCAGGGGAGCUGGCCUUCCGCAAGGGCGACGUGGUCACCAUCCUGGAGGCGUGUGAGAACAAGAGCUGGUACCGUGCCAAGCACCACGCCAGUGGGCAGGAAGGGCUGCUGGCAGCUGGCGCACUGCGGGAGCGCGAGGCCCUCUCUGCGGACCCCAAGCUCAGCCUCAUGCCGUGGUUCCAUGGGAAGAUCUCGGGCCAGGAGGCGGUGCAGCAGCUGCAGCCGCCCGAGGAUGGGCUGUUCCUGGUGCGGGAGUCCGCCCGCCACCCGGGUGACUACGUGCUGUGCGUGAGCUUUGGCCGUGAUGUCAUCCACUACCGCGUGCUGCAUCGUGAUGGGCAUCUCACCAUCGACGAGGCCGUGUGCUUCUGUAACCUCAUGGACAUGGUGGAGCAUUACAGCAAAGACAAGGGUCCCAUCUGCACAAAGCUUGUGAAGCCCAAGAGGAAACAGGGCACCAAGUCAGCUGAGGAGGAGCUGGCCAAGGCUGGCUGGUUGCUGGAGCUACAGCAUCUCACGCUAGGAGCCCAGAUUGGAGAGGGAGAGUUUGGAGCCGUCCUGCAGGGUGAAUACUUGGGGCAGAAGGUGGCAGUGAAGAACAUCAAGUGUGACGUGACAGCCCAGGCAUUUCUGGACGAGACAGCUGUAAUGACGAAGCUGCAGCACCGGAACCUGGUGCGGCUCCUGGGCGUGAUCCUGCACCAGGGUCUCUACAUCGUCAUGGAACACGUGAGCAAGGGCAAUCUGGUGAACUUCCUACGCACCCGGGGCCGGGCCCUUGUGAACACCACCCAGCUCUUACAGUUUUCUCUUCACGUGGCCGAGGGCAUGGAGUACCUGGAGAGUAAGAAGCUGGUGCACCGUGACCUGGCUGCCCGUAACAUCCUCGUCUCUGAGGACCUGGUGGCCAAGGUCAGUGACUUUGGCCUGGCCAAGGCUGAGCGAAAGGGGCUGGACUCAAGCCGGCUGCCCGUCAAGUGGACAGCGCCUGAAGCCCUCAAACAUGGGACCUUGGGCCCCACAGAAGUUCUCCAGCAAAUCGGACGUCUGGAGUUUCGGGGUGCUGCUGUGGGAAGUCUUCUCAUAUGGACGGGCUCCGUACCCCAAGAUGGUGAGUGGGACUCAGGUGGUGGCAACUCCAGGUCUCGUGGCCCUGACCGGGCCCUGACCCACGCCACACACCCUCCAUCUGCAGUCACUGAAGGAGGUGUCAGAGGCCGUGGAGAAGGGGUACCGCAUGGAGCCCCCUGAGGGCUGCCCAGGCCCUGUUCACGCCCUCAUGGGCAGCUGCUGGGAGGUGGAGCCCGCCCGCCGGCCGUCCUUCCGCAAGGUGGCCGAGAAGCUGGCCCGGGAGCUGCGUAGCACGG